AUGUCCCACCACUGGAGGGACAACUCCAACCUGGCGCCACAGUGGCCAGUGCUGAAGGUGUCGCAGGAACAGCUAUGUGGGCUGAUGGACUGGCACUAUAGACACCCGUUGCCGGAGUGCGAGCAUGUGUUUCCGUGGUUGCACGGAGUGCACUCUGAGAACCAUACGCAGCGGGAGUUCCUGAGCUCGCUGAAGGAGUUCACGUCCGUUGAGCGUAACCAGUUCGACUCACUGACACACCAGAGGAUCCCGGUAAUUUCUCGUGGGCUUAUCCCGGUGAGAUCGACCCUUUUGCCGUCAGAAUUAUACAAGAAGUCCGGCGUCUUGAAGGGCUCUGUUGAUCCUCAAGAGAUCCUGUGUCCUUUGGAUGUUUCGAAGGAUGAUCUGUUGACACUGUUACGGAAUCUUCUAGCAGAGCUGAAAAUUAGUGAUGACGAUGUUUUGAACACGCUCUUUGAGGAUUGCGGUGUAAUGGGUCUAUUACCUUUGUUCCGUAAUCUGGAUCCACAACGCGGCAUCUCAUUGAGAAAUUUCCACAUUCAGGUCUCCAAAAUGGCCCAGAUAUCGGACCUGGCAGUCUACUGCUUCAACGACCAUUUAAAGGGUGAAGAUUCAUCAUGCUGCUGUGAACCAGUGUCACGUUUAUUAUAUUUUGCACAGUUGAAACAUUCGAUAGACCAUCCAGAGUUGGUUGAUCCGAUGUACCAAACGUUACUCGUUGAAAAUUGUAACCUCGAAUUCUUUAGAGACUCCAAACAUGCUAGAUUCUUAGCUAUGGAUGCAAUCCCUACAAUGGCAUUGGCCCAUUUGAAGGGCCGUUGCUUUUCAGAUUAUGACAUUGACUUGUUCCAAAGUUGGGAAUCAGAUUACCUGAUGCGUGAAAAGAUUGAGAUCUCAAAAAUGUCAAGUGCAACGCCUAUAUACGGCAACGUUUGGCUGGGUAAUACGAUCAAUUUUGAGUGCCAUAAACAGAAGGGUUAUCAUCCAGUGCACAAAUCGAGGGAUACAUCGAUACCUUUGUACGUUGACCCUGAAAAUUCCACAGUGAGGUUGAAUGUGACGGAUUUUACAGAUCACGAUGAAUCCGUUUUGUUAAACCCACCAGGUGCAGAUUGGUCACUAUAUGUCGAUUGUACCGACGGUGCUGGAUUCCCACCUUUGACGACAGUGGAGUACUUGAUUGAGGAAGAUGACGAUACUACAAAGAACCUCAACAUGAGAUUUCCUCCAUCAGGGAGCCUUGGAAUUGGUGAUUGUAACGAUAACGAUAUUCGCACGAUUGUCAACGUGUGUAAAUUGUUGUAUACGAGGUCGUUAAAGGGUCACUCGUCUUUGAUUUACUGUACAGAUGGUUAUACAGAAUCUUCAUUAUUGGCAACCUGUUUCUUGAUCUAUGCAACCGGGUUACCGCUAGAUGAAGUUGCCGUUGAGCUGCAUAAAAACUUGGGGCGUCCUUUCUUCUUAUUCCCAACUGAUACCCAAUUGCUCUCAAGACUACAACCGAUUUUGCUUCACUAUUCACCUCAGAAUAAAGAACUGGAGUUUAAUGCUCACAUUGCAGAGGAUAUGAGUACAGACUUCAUUUACAAGCAGUUGUUCUUACCUAGAUCAAUGUCAUGGUUUGUACAGAUUAGUGGCUCAUUACCUUCAAGGAUAUUACCACAUUUGUACUUGGGGUCUUUGACACACGCCAAUUCAUUCGAUUUACUCCAAGAAUUGGACAUAUCCUAUAUUGUUUCCGUCGGUGAAUCGUUGGUGUGGUUGGAUAACGAACCAGAUAUAAAACGUGAAGUCAUUAACCCAAACAUUACGGUUCUUUCAGGGUUUAAGAACGCACCAAUAAAGAAGCUCAUGUGCGUUUCAAACGUCCAGGAUGACGGUAUCGAUAUGUUGACCCAUAAUCUCAGCGAUAUCCUGGAAUUGAUCGAUGAGGCAUAUCACCAAAGAGAUAAAUUAUUGGUGCAUUGUCGUGUUGGCGUCUCCCGUUCCGCUACGGUUUGUAUUGCAGAGGUGAUGCGUCGUUUGAAUGUCAACUUGAUCAGGGCUUACAUCUUUGUCCGUGUGCGCCGUUUGAACAUUAUCAUCCAACCAAACCUGAGGUUUAUGUAUGAACUUGUGAAAUGGGAGGAGUCUGUAAGGCUUUCCAAACGCUGCCACCGUAUUCCUGAUUAUGACCAAUGGUUAAGGGAUGUUGAUUGGCACAUCCUGUGCCGUGAGAUUGACGCUUUGAACAAGGCGUACAUUAGAUUCUAA